CACGUGAAUGCACAGAAGGACAGGAACCGCAGUCGAGGUGAAUGGGCCAAGGGCCAAAGGAAUGAGGAAAACGGAAGGAGGCCUGCAAACAACCUUCAUCAAAAGGGUGAUGCAAUGAGUUGCUUCGCCGAGAGACUGCUUUGCUCUCAGCGUCGAGUCGAUACCACCCUCCGUUUACAUGUACAACGGGCCAAGGCGCACGCACCACACCUCGGCCAUCGUGAACCGACUGCUUUUAUUUGAAUUUCUUCUUUUCUCAUUUCAGCACCCGCGCCCCUGCUUCUCGGUCCCUUUAACGCCAUCUACCGCUGCAUCGAAACACUCCUCCACCAGAAGCAGUGCAGGCAGGUGUAAAGUGUCUGGAUGGUAUGUUGGACAGCUUAGCGGAUAUGCGUACACUUCUGGACCACAUCACGGCUGGUCAAUGUCAACCAACCCUGCUUGCUGAAUAAGACCCCUUUUGCUGUGCCACCAAAAUGCUGUCAAACAUCCCCGUGCGAGUACCCUAC